UGCUGGACAUUGUUGUGGUUAAACUCCAAUUACAAAGUCUUUAUUUAUAAGUACAUUUUCAUAUGUAACAAAACUUGAGAGUUAUCUGAUAUGAUUGAUGUAGACAUAGAUAUGUUUUAUAUUAUACCACCAAAUGGCGAGAUACCGCUUUAUAUUAUGGAAGAUUGUAUUUUGACUAGAUUAGAUUAUUUGAGGCUCCUGAGUGAAGGAUCUGCUAAUAAAUUUGAUGGGAAAUUUGAAUACUUAUUAGAAAAUUCUACUUACGAUAAAAUUGGACAUUUUAUAUUAAGGUUAUUAGCUUCUACAUCGUCAGAUUUAUGUAUAUAUUGGAUUGGCAAAGAAUCAUUAUUAUUUAAACAUAGAUUAGAUAGUCUAUCACCUAGACGAUUACAUAAAUUAUUAAAGCAAAUUACAUGGAAACUGCAAAUAUUUAAAGAUAAGAAAAGUACAAUUGACACAACUCUCAUUGAGUUAUGCAAAUUUUAUAUGCAGCCCUUAGUUUUUAAACAUCUGACAUCAAAUUGUCAUGAUUGCGAUAAUUUUCGAUAUGAAAUGAGAUUUGAAAUAAUACCAGAUUUGGUGAAAGAAAGAGAACUAGCCCUUAAUAAUGGAAAUGUCAUCACACAUUGUUCAGAUUGGAAAAAAGUACUUCGAUUAUUAUUUAGUAAUUAUGUAAUCAAUGAAAUAAAUAUUAUGAAGAGACAGUCGCUAUAUAUCAUAAAACAUGAUCUUAGAUUCCACAUUUUGAAUCAGAAAAUUCAAUCCUAUCUCUUCAAGGAAGGUGUUCCUCAUGGAAAAGUAACUAUUGAUAACAUAGAAGCAGAAGCACAGAAAUUUCCAUUAUGUAUGCAACAUUUGCAUUCUUUAUUAAGAAGAAGACAUCGUCUCAGUCACUAUGCGCGUUUAUACUACAGUCUUUUUCUGAAAGAAAUAGGAAUGACCCUAGAAGAUUCAAUUGUAUUUUGGAAGCAAGAAUAUUCCAAGCCACACACUUGUACUUCAGUAUGUUCACACAAUUGGCAAUCCAAUGAGAAAAAAUUCAUAUAUAGCAUCAGGCACAUGUAUGGUUUAGAAGGAUCGCGAAGAACUUACAAGACGCCUGACUGCAAUCUCAUUUGUGUUGGUAUUAGUGGAGCAACAUACGAGGGUGGUUGUCCUUUCAAGGAUUUUGAUACGAGUGUACUCAGAAAUCUUUUACAAGCUUCAGUAAAUGAAGAUGAAAUUGAAAAAUUUAUAAAUAAUGUAUCUACUAAAGAUCCAGAAGUUCUCUGCACUACAUUUCUGAAACUCAUACGCAAAGAUGACAUUAACGACGUCGUUAUCAAAAGUCCAGUACAAUACUACCAAAGAAUGAUUAAUUAAUAUCAAUUCUAUCUUCGUAAUGAAAACUGUAUACAAUUAAUGCCUUCAUUCCUGCCAGUAUUUUUUAUUGUUUAAUUCAAGAUCUUGCUAAUAUA